ACGUCAGUCGUCUCGUCAUCACCAUCAACAUAAAACAUGGCGGCCUCUGUCCGAGAGAAGCAGACAGUGGCGUUAAAGCGCAUGCUGAACUUCAACACUCCUCCUUUGAAAAACUCAUCAGCCGAGCCCGUAUGGAAGGUGUUGAUUUACGACCGGUUUGGUCAGGACAUCAUCUCCCCCCUGCUGUCUGUCAAAGAGCUGCGAGACAUGGGCAUCACGCUGCACCUGCUCCUUCACUCUGACAGAGAUCCUAUUCCAGAUGUUCCUGCUGUUUACUUUCUGAUGCCCACAGAGGAGAACAUCGACAGGAUCUGCCAGGACCUGAGGAACCAGCUGUAUGAGUCUUACUACCUGAACUUCAUCUCCGCCAUCAGCCGAAGUAAACUGGAAGACAUCGCCGGCGCCGCGUUGUCCGCUAAUGCCGUCACCCAAGUCACCAAGGUGUUUGAUCAAUACCUGAACUUCAUCACCCUCGAAGACGACAUGUUCAUCCUCUGCCACCAAAACAAAGAGCUCAUCUCCUACCACGCCAUCAACAGGGCGGACAUCCAGGACACGGACAUGGAGGCCAUCAUGGACGCCAUCGUGGACAGCCUCUUCUGCUUCUUCGUGACUCUGGGUGCGGUUCCGAUUAUCCGCUGCCCCCGAGGAAAUGCUGCAGAGAUGGUUGCUGUGAAGUUGGAUAAAAAGCUGCGUGAGAACCUGCGGGACGCCAGAAACAGUCUGUUUUCUGGAGACAGCAUGGCUGCCGGACAGUUCAGUUUCCAGAGGCCCCUGUUUGUUCUGGCCGAUCGUAACAUGGACAUGGCCACGCCCCUUCACCACACCUGGACCUAUCAGGCGCUGGUCCACGAUGUUCUGGACUUCCACCUCAACAGGGUGGUGUUGGAAGAAGGUGGGGGUGCAGAGGCAUCACCUGCUGGUGCUCGACCCAAGAAGAAGACCAAGAAGAUGUAUGACCUCACUGCUGCUGACCGGUUCUGGCAGAAACACAAGGGCAGUCCGUUUCCAGAGGUGGCAGAAUCGGUUCAGGAGGAACUGGAUUCAUACAGAGCCCAGGAGGACGAGGUCAAGCGUCUGAAGAGCAUCAUGGGUUUGGAAGGAGAGGACGAAGGAGCCAUCAGCAUGCUGUCUGACAACACGGCCAAGCUCACCUCUGCUGUCAGCUCUCUGCCAGAACUUCUGGAGAAGAAGAGACUGAUUGAUCUUCACACCAACGUCGCCACUGCAGUGCUCGACCACAUCAAGAGUCGUAAACUAGAUGUUUACUUUGAGUAUGAAGAAAAACUGAUGAGCAAAUCUGCCCUGGACAAAUCACUGCUGGACAUCAUCAGUGACCCAGAUGCGGGGACUCCAGAGGACAAAAUGAGACUGUUCCUUAUUUACUACAUCACUGCUCAGCAGGCUCCUUCAGAGUCUGACUUGGAGCAGUAUAAGAAGGCCUUGAUGGAGGCAAACUGUGACCUUUCACCUCUCAACUACAUCAAACAGUGGAAAGCUUUUACCAAAAUGGCCACCAACCCAGCCAACUACGGCAGCAGUGGAGUCAAACCAAUGGGCCUGUUCUCCAGAGUCAUGAAUACUGGCUCCCAGUUUGUCAUGGAGGGCGUGAAGAACCUGGUGCUCAAACAACACAACCUUCCGGUCACUCGGAUCCUGGACAACCUGAUGGAGAUGAAGUCUCAUCCUGAAACUGAUGACUAUCGAUACUUUGACCCAAAGAUGCUGCGAGGCAGCGAGAGCUCCAUUCCCAGGAACAAAAACCCGUUUCAGGAGGCCAUAGUGUUUGUGGUUGGAGGAGGGAACUACAUCGAGUACCAGAACCUGGCGGACUAUGCUAAGUCCAAACCAGGGAGGAAGAUUAUUUACGGCUGCAGUGAACUUUUCAACGCUCCUCAGUUCAUGAAACAGCUCGCUCAACUCGGACAAAAGUGACCAACAGCAUUAUAAAUAUUAGUUUCAUGUCCUUUUCUCUUCCUCCUUUUGUUUUAUAUCGUUUUUGUAAAUCGUCUAAACCUCUUCUGUCUCUGCUCACUCAGUCAUAAUAAAACUAAAC